CCACCACCCCUGAGUUCGCGUCUCAGAGCCGCUGCGUGGCCCCGGUGUGCUUGCUAUAACCAUAGUUCAGGAGCCAAAUUCAAAACCCCUUGGUAAGCCUCAUACACAUCUAGCAUAACCAUGGAUCAUACUACUACUGAUAGUACUAUUACUUAUGCCCAAUGGGUCUCUGAGCAAACCAAACGAAUUCCUAGCCUGUCAACCGUAGCCGACUUUUUCGAGCGUGAUUCCAGUCGGUCUGCCCCAAAUAAUUGUCAGAUAGUAUGCCAUCUGGCUUUCUCUGAUCCCAAAGGCAAGGGUCCAGUCCCUCUGGGGCGCCCACUGAAUGCAGCAAAUCUUCAAACCUUCCUGACAACACCUGGGAAUUUCGUGAACCCUAGACCCGACGGCACCGUCGCAGGAAGGAUAUUAACCAUCGAAGAUCCGUCCAAAGAUGUUGUAGAGAUCCUUGGACGUACGCUAAAUAUCGAUCCAUCGUUUUUCGGAGGGCACAUUGAAACAGCCCGCGUGGACAUUGAGAGAUCAAGGACAUCUAUGGCCACUUUACCCUCAAAUGCAGCGAAACAGGACUUCGUCAAUAUCACUUAUCAAAAGGCGCUGGUAUUUCCUGAGUCAGGUCCUGACAAACCACCAGUGCGAUACACCGGAACACUCCUUCGCUCCACGAACGUCCCGCGGAAACUGGCGAUACUCCCUAGGAAUAAGGAGAGUUUUAUCGGUCUCGUGAAGCAUUGCUGCUCGGUUCUGAAAAUCAAGAGUAAGACUAAGAAUGGGCCUUGGCUUGCCAUAGUGCUUGUUGAUGCUGCGAUUGAGCCGACGGAAAAAUAUCUCGACGGAAUCACUGGGUGGGAUUUGACAUCACACCCAUUCCAAGGCGGGUUUGCCGACUACGAUGAUACCCCUCGGUAUACCACAAGUACCUCCAACAAUCCAUCCAUCAAUUUGAAUCGAAACUCGAUGCUCGAUGCAGUCAGCCUGUACUGGGAAAAAGGAUACCCCCCGGCGUUCAAUACAGCCGAUCCGACUUUACUUUCGUUAUGUUACCAUCCACUGAAGAUUGUAGCCUCCGAGUGGAUGACGUAUCUCGAGGUCAUGUUUCACGCCAUUAAGAAAUAUGAAUAUUCGCCGGAUAAACUUAAAGGGAAGGAUUCCAUCGAAAAGGAGGUCCAAAAAAUGCAUGGCGACCUCAAGAGUGUUCAAGCAUGGUGCCGUCGCAGCGAACAAUCAUACGCCAAGGUCAAAGCUGUGGUUGAAUUCCUGGAGUCUCACAACCACACAGCUACUGUUCCAGAUAAAGACGAGCCAGCAAGCAGCUCAGCAAGCAGCUCAACCGGCAAGUCAUCGGCCGCACCAGAUUCGGAAAUCAAAUCAGCACUUCUAAUGGACUUUCAAUACAUCGCUGGUAAAAUAGCGGUGUACGGACGCACGCUCGAGAAUUCUGUGACAAUCGUCACUUCGCUGAUUCAGAUAGCUGAUAACAGACUCUCUUUUGCGGAGACACUGAACGUCAACCGUUUGACAAAUAUUGCCUUGAUAUUCGUACCGCUGUCAUACGUCUCAGGUCUGUUUGCUAUGUCUGAUAAGGUAGCGCCUAGUCGCGAGGUUAUUUGGGUUUAUAUCACUGUGGCGUUACCGAUCUUGUUGAUUGUGCUCUUUCUUUCACAGAAAUCGAAGUUGGCUAAGUGGUUUGAUGAGAAGUUUCCUAAAUCUUCAAAAUGGCUUGCUGAGUUGCCUGGGAAGUUCACUAAGUUUCCUAGAAAGUUUACUGAGUUGUCUAAAAAAUUCUCUGGUUGGCGUAAGAAGUGUCGACGCAGACCGACUGGUGAAGAAAAUCCGGCAGUCUCUGAUGCAACUUCUACACCAACUAUCAACCAAAAGCAAGUUGAUACCGCUGUACCCUAGGUAGAACAGAAAUUAAUGUAAAGAAAAAGAGAAACUUGUGCUUCUGCUUCGUGCUCUUUUAAGAUUCUCACACUUGUCAAGCUCGAGAAAUAGAAGUAGAUGUAUUCUCCGCCAGUUAUCUAUAAAUAUCGCACGUCGG